UGUUGGCAAUGGCGGAAUUGGCGAUAGCGAUAGCAGGCGUUCUUUCGAGCUUGUGCGGGCAUCAGUAUUUCGACCCUAACGUGGCGAUAUGUUGCCAGUGGUCGGUGACCAUGCGGGUUGCGGGCUUGCGGACGAAAUGCUGCGGCACAACCGCGUUCGACCCGGACUCCCAUAAGUGCUGCACAAAUGACAACGUGGUGGAGAAGAUCGCGGGGAAGAGGACGGUGUGCUGUGGAAUGGAGCCAAUGGACCCGCGGACCCACAAAUGCUGUGGUCACACUGUUCAACCUCUUGUGGCUGGGGAAGACACUCAUUGCUGCGGGUACGAGAGCUACGACCCCAUGGAGAGACUCUGCUGCAAAGGAAUGUUGUUUCCACCACACGUUCACCCCAAUUGUUACGGCUGUGAUGGAAUGCACGAAAAGCCGUUCUUUGACAAUAAUAAGCAUGCCUGUUGUGAAGGAAAACUGGUCCCUGCUAUUGUUGGCAACCUGACCUGCUGCUGUAAGGCACAGGCAUUUGACCCGCAAGAUCGUAUAUGUUGUGAUGACAAACUGCAAGAUAGAGUUGGCGGUGACAUAUCGGCGUGCUGCGGGGACAAAAACUAUGACCCGAAAACAUCCAUAUGCUGCAAUGGCAACGUGCUGCCACGUGUCGCAGGAAACAUGACACGCUGCUGCAAUACGCGGAGUUUUGAUCCGGAUACACAUGUCUGCUGUGACAAUAAGAAACUUGCGAAGAAAACAAGGAAGUCUGACAGUUGUUGUUGCGGGGACGAGGCGUUCUCGCCUAAUAAGGAAGUGUGCUGUGACGAUGAGGUACAGCCGAAAUUUAAACGCGGUACACAGUGUUGUGAAAAGAAGAGCUUUAAAUCUCAAAAACUUAUUUGUUGCGAAGGUUCAAUUCAGUCGCUUGCUAGAGGACGUAAGAGCAUUACGAGAUGUUGCGGACAAAAGAGCUAUCACGCUAAGAAAGAGCUGUGUUGCAACAAUAAAGUAAUGAAAAAGAGUAAAAAAAAACAUACCGGUUGCUGUGGAGACGUUUCGUACGAUCCGAGAACGGAAAUGUGUUGCAAUGGAGAACCAGGGCCUAUGCUUAAAGAAGGAACAAGAUGCUGCAAUAAGAAUAGCUUCAAUGUUAAAACUGAGAUUUGCUGCGAUGGAAGGGUGUAUCCAAAUACCAUGGUUUGCUGUAAUGAAAAAAUAAUCAUAGAUACCAACAAGGAAAUAUGUUGUGAUGGAAACAAAAUUGAAACAAAGGCGCACAAAGACGAUAACUGUUGUUGUGGCAAUACUUCAAUGAAUACGCUUGAAGGCAUUUGCUGCGAAGGUGUUCCGCAGUCAUUAGAAGCUUCUGACAAAACGAGGUGUUGUGGGCAACUAAGUUAUAACCCCGACAAAGAAAUAUGCUGUGAAAAUCGCGUAGUACCGAAAAUCGACUCUAAGGAUAAUUGGUGUUGCGGGGAUACCAGCAUCAACACUAAUUUGCAUAUAUGUUGCAGAGAAAAUAAACAGCCAAUUUUAACAUUAGUCGAAAAUACGUUUUGUUGCAGAAAUAAAAGCUUCAAUGGAAGACUGCAGAUGUGUUGCACUGGUGACGUGGUCGACAAACGCACGCCAUCAGAUGACUACUGCUGUGGAAAAGCUACAAUCGAUACUCAAAACGAAAUUUGCUGUGAAGGAAAACCAAUUGGGGUUUCUGAUACUGAUUAUGGAUUUUGUUGUGGAGAUGAUGCGGGCGACACAAGAGAACAACUAUGUUGCAACAUGAAACUUGUGCCUAAACGAAGACCGGAUGAUGAUUGUUGUUGUGGUGGUACAACGAUGAAUGCCAACAACAUGAUAUGCUGUAAAGGAAAUUCUGAGCCAAAAGAGGGUGGAGAAUUCACAAAAUGCUGUGAUGACAAAGCCCAGCACAUGCAGGAAAAGACACACAAUGUUGCAUGGACGAGAGCUACGAUCCUAAUGCGUUCAUGUGUUGUGAUGGAAAAAUGA